UUCUCUUCCUCCUCCUCGUUCCUUUUCUCCUUCGCAAGCAAGAGUCCGCGCAGAGAGACCUGCGCGAGAAGCAAAGCGCCGGGAACAAUCUCGAAGCGACUCCGGCGCCGGCGAGAUCGCGAAUGGACGUGAUAAAGACGCAGCAGAUAUCGGCGAGGCCGAUAGAGAAGGUGAUAGUCCACCCCCUGGUCCUCCUCAGCAUCGUCGACAACUACAAUCGUGUCGCCAAGGACACCCGCCGGCGCGUCGUCGGGGUCUUGCUCGGCUCCACCUUCAAAGGCACCGUCGACGUCACCAACAGCUACGCAGUACCUUUUGAGGAAGAUGAGAAGGAUCCAAGCAUCUGGUUUCUUGAUCACAACUACCAUGAAUCGAUGUUUUCCAUGUUUAAGAGAAUAAAUGCGAAGGAGCAUGUUGUUGGAUGGUAUAGCACUGGUCCCAAGUUGCGAGAAAAUGACCUUAAUAUCCAUGCAUUGUUUGAUGACUAUGUCCCGAAUCCUGUGCUGGUUAUAAUUGAUGUUCAACCCAAGGAACUUGGAAUACCAACAAAGGCAUAUUAUGCUGUUGAAGAAGUCAAAGAGAAUGCAACUCAGAAGAGUCAGAAAGUGUUUGUGCACGUUCUUUCAGAAAUUGCUGCCCAUGAGGUUGAGGAAAUAGGUGUGGAGCACUUGCUACGUGAUGUAAAGGAUACAACCAUUAGCACCCUUGCCACAGAGGUCACUGGGAAGCUCACAGCCUUGAAGGGACUGGAUGCUCGACUUAAGGAGAUAAGAAGUUAUCUUGACCUCGUUGUUGAUAAAAAGCUCCCACUAAAUCACGAGAUCUUGUAUCAUCUGCAGGAUGUCUUUAACCUCCUUCCAAAUCUGAAUGUGAAUGAGUUGAUAAAGGCUUUUGCAGUUAAAACGAAUGAUAUGAUGCUAGUUAUAUAUCUGUCUUCCCUCAUCCGAAGUGUGAUUGCGCUCCAUAAUUUGAUCAACAAUAAGAUUCUCAAUAAAGAACACGAAAAGGCAGAAGACUCAAAACCUGUCGCUGUACCUUCUGGAGCUGGAAGCUAGAUGGAGGGGUAAAUUAACCUCAGACUGGCCGGGAGUUUUUGUUUGGAUGAACUGCGUGCCAUGGGUAUUUUGUUCUCCUGGUUUUGAAAUUGAUAAGAAUGGGGAUGAAGGGGAGACAAAAGGAAUUAGAUGCUGCUCGGAAAAAUUGUCAUUUGAUCAUUAGUUUGUGAUACCCUGUGACUUUUAGUAGACUAACGAUGACAACUGUGCAAGCGCCAAAAUUCAAAACCAACUCAGGUUACCCUUAGCGUUCUUGGGUCAUUUUCUUCUGCUCAUGUUUUUUUUUGGGAGAUGAUGUAACGAGAGGCUUUGACUGAGUUGCAAGUUAGGCCUUGUAGAGC